AGGUGGGCGGGCCGGGCAGGGCCGGGUGCCGCGGGCCUGGGGCUUCUCGCACUGUCGCGCUGGCCAUGGAGCCGCGGGCCCCCGGCGAGGUGCGCAUGAGCCAGGCGGUGCAGCCGGCGCACGCCAACGCCCGCGGCGAGCUGAGCGCGGGGCAGCUGCUCAAGUGGAUCGACAUCACCGCCUGCCUGGCGGUUUGGUUGUUUUUCUUUUUUUGUUUUGUUUUGUUUUUUACCAGAGUUGGACAAGUUAUAACCAUCAAAGCAAAAGUCACUAGAGCAUUCAGCACAAGCAUGGAGAUCAGUGUCAAGGUCACGGUACAGGAUGUGUUCACUGGCAUUGAGAAGCUUGUUAGCGUGGCUUUCUCUACAUUUGUAGCCAAACCAGUUGGAAAAGAAAAGAUUCAUUUAAAACCAGUGACACUUUUAACUGAACAAGAUCAUGUGGAACAUAAUCUGGCUACUGAGAGAAGGAAAGUUCGGUUACAGCAUGAAGAUACCUUUAACAACUUAAUGAAGGAAAGUAGCAAGUUUGAUGAUCCCAUUAGUGAUGAAGAGGAAGGAAUGGUUUCCACAAAGGGCACUGUGGUUCAGAGCAUUGAACUUGUGCUCCCACCGCACGCAAAUCAUCAUGGAAAUACCUUUGGUGGCCAGAUUAUGGCUUGGAUGGAGACAGUGGCUACUAUUUCUGCAAGCCGCCUGUGUCAGGCGCAUCCUCUUCUGAAGUCUGUGGAUAUGUUUAAGUUCCGGGGACCAUCUACAGUUGGAGACCGUCUUGUCUUCAAUGCCAUUGUCAACAAUACGUUUCAGACCUGUGUCGAAGUUGGAGUGCGAGUGGAGGCCUUUAACUGUCUGGAAUGGGCCGAGGGUCAAGGCCGCCACAUCAACAGUGCUUUUCUCAUUUAUAAUGCUGUUGAUGAUAAAGGAGAAUUCAUCACAUUUCAAAGAAUCAAGCCCAUUUCAAAGGAUGAUUUUAGACGGUAUCGGGGAGCUAUGGCACGUAAGAGAAUUCGCCUAGGCAGAAAAUAUGUUAUUUCCCACAAAGAAGAAAUUCCACUUUGCAUACACUGGGAUAAAAGCAAGCAGGCAUCUCUGAGUAAUGGCAAUGUGGAGGCUCUCAAAACACUGGCGGCCAAAAAGGGUUGGGAGGUUACCAGCGCCGUGGGAAAGACAAAACUAUAUACUCUGGAAGAGCAAGAUGUUCUAUCUGUUUGGGUUGAAAAGCACGUGAAAAGUCCAGCCCAUUUGGCUUAUCAGCUCUUGUCUGACUUUACAAAACGACCUUUGUGGGACCCCCAUUACAUGUCCUGUGAAGUCAUCGACUGGGUGAGUGAAGAUGAUCAGAUAUAUUACAUCACCUGUCUUAUAGUGAAUGGUGACAAACCUAAAGACUUCGUAGUGCUUGUAUCACGAAGAAAGCCUCUCAAAGAUGAUAACACUUACGCAGUGGCAAUGAAGUCCGUCAUUUUGCCAUCGGUCCCACCGUCUCCACAGUAUGAAAGGAGUGAAAUUAUAUGUGCGGGAUUUCUCAUCCACGCCAUUGACAGCAGUUCAUGCACUGUAUCUUACUUUAACCGUGUUUCUGCUAGCAUCCAUCCGUACUUUGCUGGAAAUAUUGGUGGCUGGUCAAAAUCCAUUGAAGAAACAGCAGCCUCUUGUAUACAGUACAUAGAGAAUACUAUUGAUGAUAGGUUUACAAGCACAUUUUAAAUGAUCAACUUUCAGUUACCUGUAAUUUAGAUUCCCAUUUUUAAUUCCAAGGACCCUUAGCCCGGACACUUAAGAGCUUUAAAAUUCUAUUUUAGGUUAUCUGAGGCUCUGCCUCUUCCAGGGGCACAGAAAAUUGAAAGUUGCCUGUGUAUGUAAUAUUUCUGGUUCUAUAAAAUGGCACAAAUUGAGUUAAAAUUAUCAUAAACAGUUUUAGUUUACAGAGAUGAAAUGUGUGUUCUGCUUGAAAUUUUAAAAAAUUUUAUAGUCUGAAAUGACAAUUUGCUAAGUUGACUAGUUGAUUAACGUGUGGCAUUGCUCCAUGUGCAGCCGGUAUCUGUAUGUCAGGAUCAUCUGAUAAGAUACAUUACCUAGUAUUACAUAUUCUAGAGCUUUAAAUUAGGAAGACAUUAAAACAUAAUGGAAUAUAAUCAAUUUUACUAAUAGGAACAACUUUACUAGUGUCAUUUAACAUAUAUUCCAGGUGGCUCACUGAUUUAGUAUCUAUUGCUAUAUACACACACAUAAAGUGCCUGCAAAUGUGAUACUGUAGAGAAAGAGAAUAUUGACUGAGUUCUUCUUUCAUAAUCAUUACAUUAGCACUCUACUCCCUAGACUUCAGCAUUCAUUAUUCUACUCUGUGAUUUGUCUUAACUCAUAAGACAGACCAGAACAUGUCAAGUUAGCCUCCUUGGAAGGACGAAUUUUAAAAGUCGAAGGAGUUUUCCAUUAGAGGCUAGAGCAUUUAACCGAUUAGAUACAUCCUGCUGUCAGUUUGCCAAAUCUCUACCUCUGCUCCCCUGCCCACUCCCCACCCAAUCACACAGUCUAAGCCUGGUUAUAAUUAUUUUUAUUUUUCCUGUGUCAGCAGGUUUUCAUUUAUAUGGACUGCUCUGCAAUUUAAUGAAUUAACAUUUAUACACAAUAGGAAAAGUAGAUAUGUGGAUUAA